AUGAACGACAUCAUCACCAACGUGGAACCCAAGGAACUCUCUGCCUACCAGCAGUCCUACCACUGGAGGAACAAGAACUGUGCCCCCUUCGCCUACGACUGGAUCAAGAACGCUCUUCCAGGCCUCAAGAUCGAAGACGGCCAGCAGACUGCCGAGAUCGAAAAGGUCUCCAGCGUCACUGGAGAUUGUGAUCUUGGUCAGCGCAAGGGAAAACUUUUGACUAUCUAUGACCUUGAAGUAGAAGCAAGCUGGAACGGAGUGGCUAAAGAUGGGUCCGAGAUUGCAGGCACUCUCCGAGUCCCCGAGGUAUCUCACGAGGCCAUUGACGGCGUCUCAGAUUAUGUCUACGAGUUCAAGAUUACUGGAAACACCAAUGCUUCAUCUCGGGAGCUUUUGGCGUUCGUUCGCAAGACCUUCCCCGCCAUCCUCUCUGAGAAGUUCAACUCCUUCCGCCCCGCUCUUGUCGCUGCCCACGGUAACUCGUCCGACUCUGCUUCCCCGGCUCCUUCCAAGUCUUUCACCCCUGUUCCUACUUCUGCCCCCGCCCCCGUUGCUUCUGGCUCAAAGCAGUCAUCUGCUCCUUCCGUCAAGGAAGAGACGGCUGCUAAGAAGGACAAGUCUUCGGUUGGAAAGACGGUGACGGUAGAAGUCAAGGCUGAUCUCCAGGCGAGCGCCGAUGAUCUCUGGGGUUUGUUGACUGACGAGAACAAGAUUCCCAUGUGGUCCAGGUCUGCUGCCAAACUUCCGCUGAAGCCCGAAGGAGAGUACGAGUUGUUCAACGGUAACGUCAGAGGCAAGAUUAUCUCGAUCGACGCGCCCAAGAAGUUGGUGCAAUCUUGGCAAGUGCGACACCCUGCCUGGCCAACUGAUCACUUUGGUACCAUGACAUUGUCUUUGAACCAAGGCUCUAGCACCACCUCCGCCACAUUCACUCUCGACGGCGUCCCUGCUGGCACUGAAUCCGACGUCGAAAAGGCGCUCAACACUUUCUAUAUUCAGGCUUUGAAGCAGAUGGGGUUAGUUUCUUCUUCAUCUUCUUCCUCUUUCCCAACACCAGCAAUGCCAUCCUCGACGUCCAAGCCGAAAAAGUACCGUAGGAAGCAACGCCGCACGACCGACGAAGGCAGCUGGUCUACUUCUUCACUAGUCGGCGGCGCGACCGUCGCAACGUUAUCGGCCGUUCUUAUCGGCCUUGUAUACACCUCGUUCCCCUCGUCCACCCUUUCCGGUACAAAAUGA